GAAAAAUGCGCUCAAAUUCAAAGUUUAUUUUGGUUAUCAAAAUUGCCUUUAUUUCCGAAUAUAUCAUAUAAAAUAGAUGGAAUCUUUCAAUAAUUGUUAGUCUUUGAAUUGAGGGAAAAAUCGCUGCUACAGUUGCGAGACAAUUUUUCUGAAAAUGUCGCAUUUGUGGCAGCAUCCUUAUGUGAAUGUAUUCAAGCACUUUGAGAUAGGAUCAUGGAAAAAAUCCAGCAAAGAGGGAGAGGUUGUCACUGUAAUGGAUCGAACCAUCAAGUGUACAGUUUACAAGAUUACUGGCUCUAUACCUGCCAGCAACUACAUCCAGCUUCCAACAACAUUGUCCCAAUCUCUGGGUCUCACAGGACAUUACCUGUACCUCAUGUUUAAACCAAUACCUGGAAAAUAUUUUGUUGUACAUCUUGAUGUUGCAACAGCAGAUAACUUAAUUGUUAGGAUAUCAUUUUCUAACUUAUUUAAAGAGUUUAAGUCAACAUCCACUUGGCUGCAGUUCCCAUUUAUUGUCAGUGCUUCUAAGGGGUCUGUGCAUGCUCAAGCCGCAGUGGGAGCCAAAGAUAUCUCUGGGCCAGCUCCCCUGUCCACAAGAUGGACAAUCCUGUGCUUGGACUUCCAGUACAUUCUGUCGAUGUACCUGAACAGGAAGUACUCCUACAUCAAGAGUGUAAAGCUUUGUGCCAAUAUGCUGGUGAAGAACAUGUUUACAAGUGACUCAGAAUAUGAACCAGGCAUGAAGCUGGAUGAAGUAAAAAAGCUUGGCUUGAAUCUACAUGGUAUAUCCCCCAUGCCAAGGGAAAUGGCAUUUCUUCUACCAAAAACAGAAAAGUGGCAUGAUCAUUAUGACUUGAUAAGAUUUCCAACUGAUGCCAGUAAGAAACCAUUUGAUUCCAUACAACAGGGUAGAGUGAGGGAUAAGAGUCCUCCAAGGACAAAAAAUGGUCCCCCAGGUACUAUUAGCCCAAAGAGAAUUGAUGUGAAACAUGUCGAUACAUCUCGCCAUAAUGCACUAGAGGGAACCUCAAGGAUAAAUACUCUCACAUCUAGACCCAAGUCCAUGAUGAAGCGUUCUGUGACAUCACAGCUUCCUCAAGUUGGAAUAGAUGGCGAUCAGUCAAGUGUAGCAAUGGAUAACACUGGUGAGGUUCAUGUGUUUGCUCACCCAGAGGGUAAGAUUAUGGUACACAGGAAAGACAAACACAAGGCAAAGACAAGCACCACAGUCAUUAACAAAGAGUCUCUUCAUAAGAGUCUUCAGCCUGACCCCAUACUGCAGUUGAGAAGAAUUGUUGGCUUUGGAGGAGCAAGUACUAAAGAUGCGUUAUGGACCAACAGUGGUAGGUCUAUAGUCUACCCAUGCCAUGCUGUAGUGGUCACUAUGCAGAUAGCAAAUGGUGCACAGAGAUUUUUCAUUGGGCAUACUGAUAAGGUGUCGUGUAUCAGUCUGAAUGGAUCCAGUGACAGACUAGCAUCAGGUCAGACAGGAACGCAGAGUGUAGUUAGAGUCUGGGACUUUGAAUCUACACAAUGUCUUGCAAUGUUUAAAACACACUCACAUUCCAUAAAUUGUCUCAGCUUUUCACAUAGUGGAAAUGUGUUGUGUGGUGUAGGAAAAGACAGUCACAGUAAAAAUAUGGUUGUUAUGUGGAACACCUCAUGUGUACAUAAAGGUGGAGAAGUAACAGUUAUGGCCAAGGCACAUACAGAAGUUGAUAUACUUCGCAUGAGAAUUGCAACUUUUGACGAUACAAGAAUGGUAUCAUGCGGGAGGGACAACAUCCGUAUAUGGAGAGUAAAGGAGGGCUCACUGCGCUCUGCCCCAGUGAACCUACAGGAGUACCACUCUAUGGAGUUCACAGAUUGUUGCUUUGAGGCAGGAUACCAACCAUCAAGGGAACCCAAUGAUAGACUUAUAUAUGUGUGCAGUAGAUCAGGACAUAUAUUUGAGAUAAACUACAGAAAGGUUGCCAUCCAUCAUGUGCGGAGACUACUUCCUGUUGAUAAACGCCAUAGAAACAAACGAGAGAAGCAGACCUUCAACUCAUCUAAGGGAAUUUCAAUCAACUCUAUGUGUGUCAAUGAAGCCUUCUGUGUAACAGGCUCAGAUGAUGGCUUCUUACGUUUGUGGCCUCUAGAUUUCGCACAUGUUUAUUUAGAAGCAGAGCAUGAAGGCCCUGUAUCUGCCACAGGGAUGACACAAGAUGGUCUACACAUCCUAGCAGGUACAACAACUGGAAACUUGGGAGUUCUUGAUGUCACCACCAGGGGGUACACAACUCUGAUGAGGUCACACACAGACAAAGUGGUCUCAGUUGCUAUAGACUCAAUACGUAGGCACAUAGCAACCAUAUCUAAAGAUCACACCAUUAGAGUGUGGGAUCUUGACAAUCAGCAGCAGUUGUAUGACUUCACAGCCCCUGAAGAAUGCCCCAGUAAUAUAACAUACCAGCCCCAUCAGCAAGUGUUUGCCUGUGGCUUCCAAAGUGGGUGUGUCAGAGUCUUCAAUGUCGCAUCAACAAGCAUGCUGGCAGAGCACAAGCAACAUAGAGGCUGUGUGAUAGGGCUAGUGUAUUCCCCGAAUGGAGACUACCUCUACAGUGCUGGUUCACUGGGCUCCAUAGCUUUAUAUGAUGCAACAGAGACUGGUUACCCCCUUCUUAGAUUACUAGGAAACACACAUGCCAGAGGUGAAAUAUUUGGACCAGAUGCCCUGGCUGUCAGUCCAGAUGGUCGACAAGUGGCUUUUGUUGGUCCGUCAGAAUUUACAGUAUCUGUGGUCAACUCUAAAACAUUGGAUGAGAUGUUGCGGAUUGACAUCACAUCGCUGAAUACAACAGAUGAUACCCAGAAUGCAAUAGACACAGCAGAGAGGGUGGCCUACACCUCAGCCAAUGUGAAACAUCUCCUUGUUACAACCUCCAGUAACAAACUCCUCAAAUUAGAUGCCAGAAGUGGUAGACUCUUAACAGAGAUUGAGCACAUCCAUCGAGCAAGUUGUACAUCACUCAGUAUAACAGAAGAUGGUCGUCACCUAGCAACCACAGGGGAUAAAGUCAUCAAAAUAUGGGACUAUCACAUGAGAUUGGAUCUCAACUUUCAGGUGUUUAUUGGCCAUUCAGAGGCGAUUCAUAAAGUCAUUUUCACACCUGAUGGCCUUGGACUCAUAUCUGUUGGCGAGGCUAUAUUUCUAUGGGACUUUUUAGCCAACACACAUCAACGUCAACAAGAACAACCUGAGGGUCGGACCCCCCUGAAGAAUUACAUCCCCAGGGUAGAGGAAAAUGAAGAAAGGAUGUCAUCUCACUCUAGAUUGAAAAUGUCUCCAUCGAAAUCAGUCACAUUUGAUGAUAGAACUAUAGGGAGAACUCGUAGCCCUGUUAGGAGGUCUCUCAGUACUGAAUUGGGAGAAAUGCCUCGAAGGAGCCCUCCCAGACCAACAAGCUAUCAACCACCUGGGAAAAUAGCUGAUAUAAGCUCCAUACACCUAGAUGCAGAGGAAUCAGAGAGUGAAGAGGAGGUAUUAUUGGGACCUACCUUACAGGAGGACAAUUCUCAAGAAGACAGUGAUAGUGAUAUGAAUAAGAUUGAAAUAACCGGGAAGGAUAGUUUAGGGCAUAGUCCAAGUAGACAACAGCACCAAAGAUACCAAACACCAACUAAACAACUUGCACCAGCCUUUGGCUCAAGUAGAAAGAAUAAACCAGACAUAGAACAACUUAUGAGACCAUGCGUUAGGAAACAUUUCAUCAAAAGACCAAAAGCGGCAGCUAUAGCACAAAGAAGGUACACUGCUCCACCCAACCAGACUGCAUUGAGGCUUAACUCAAUUGUAGGCUACAAUGGCAAUGGUAGAAACAACAUGGUCUGGAAUGCUGAGACAGGAUUCUUUGCCUACACCAGUGGUAGUGUAGUAAUUGUAGAAGACUUAAACACAAGUUCACAGCAUCACCUAAUAGGCCAUGUAGAGGAGAUAUCUACCAUUACUCUGCAGAAUGAUUGUCAGGUGCUUGCCAGUGCCAGUGGGGCUCAAGGUCUCACUACACCACAGAUUUGUCUCUGGGACCUUCACACUUUGACUUGUAGCACAACUCUAACUCACCAUGAACAUGAUGUUAUAUGUCUGGCAUACUCCAGGGAUGACAGAUUCCUCAUAUCAAUUGGGGACUAUAGGGAAUGCUCAGUUGUAGUAUGGAGCACACAAAACCAUCAGGUUCUCAUUACAUCUAAGACUGCACUACCUGUGCACCAUGUAGCUUGGGACCCCCACACAUGUAACGAGUUUGUGACUGUUGGCACCAAUGGUACUGUUCUGUUCUGGUUAGUGGAUGAGACUGGUGACGCCCCCUGUCUUAAUCUACAUGAGGCUGAAGUUCCCGAGGAAAUUUUGCAAACCAAUCACAUGGUGACAGGUCAGGUUGACUUCACUAGUGCAGAGUUUGCAGGAGACAGUACAUUAUAUAUAGGAGCAAACAAUGGUAUCAUCUCAGCAUGGGACACAAGGCAGAAUAAAUGCUUCAUGCACUGGGAGGCUGGUUCAACAGAAAUUGAUAUAGUGAUCUCUAGACAUGGAAGACUUGUAACAGGCAGUGUAGGGGGUCAUCUCAAACUAUGGUCAGUGGUGGGGAUAGGCGAGAUGAGGCUCCCUGGAGGCGGGAAUGAUGCUAUACGCCAAGGGGGUCUUACAAUGGAAGAUGAGAUGAUGUUAGAUGGUGAUGUCACAACAGCCAUGUUUGAUGAAACAAUGGAUAUGGGCAUUGUGGGUACAAGUAGCGGUACUCUCUGGUAUAUUAACUGGACAGAACGGACAAGUAUCCGCCUCGUCUCUGGCCACUCACAGAAGGUGAAUGGGGUUGCCAUGUGUACAGCUCCUUAUAUGGCAACAUGUUGUGAUGAUGGAAGUUUGAGGGUGUGGGGCUUGAAAGAACGUGAACAAACUCUACAGUUUCAAGUUAUUGACCAGGCCUGUACCUGUGUUGUCUUUGCCCCAGAACCAACAAGACAGACCCCAUCAUCUGCAACUCCAGUAGGUAUGACAGCAGCUGUCUCUGAAUAUGAUGACUUCACCAAGCUGCCCAGCGUUGCAGGGGGAUACUCUGAUGGAACUCUGCGCAUGUUUGACUUGAAUAAGGUGGAAAUGUCCUUGAAGAUGCACCCUCAUGCUGUUUCUGUCACUACUAUACAGUUUUCAGCUGAUGGUCGUAUGCUGCUCUCUGGAGACUGUGAUGGCUUGAUAUGUAUAAGUAGUCCAACCACAGGGAUGACUGUACGCAUCAUCAAUGAUCACAAAGGUGCUCCCAUAACUAAUAUAGAUGUCACCUUUACACAGGAUCAAGAUCUAGAAGUUCAUGCUCCAUUGCUAUGGCUCGCUACAAGUGCAGAUAGGCGUGUCAGUGUCUGGUCAGCUGAUUGGUCGAAAGACUUCUGUGAGCUUGUUGAUUGGUUAACAUUUGCAGCACCUGGAUUCACUCCAGAUGGUUCAGUGAUAAAGAAAGGAGAUCAGAGCCAGUAUAGAUCUUUGCCUCCCAGUAUAGCAAGGUUUUCUCCUGAAGAACAAGAUGUGAUUGUGUAUAUGGGUUAUGGUAUGGCCAAACAGGUUCAGUUUUAUAGUCUAUCUCAGAGGCAAGUGAUACGUACCCUACCAGUGACUCACUGGCCUGUCUGUAUGGACCUCUCCCCAAAGGCAGCUGUCAUUGCUCUUGGUAUCAGUGAGCGUUUGCUAAAGCUGCAGGACUACUAUGAAGGUAGCUUUCAGGACUAUAUUGGACAUAGCGAUAAGGUUGAGAAUCUCAAAUUCUCUCCAGAUGGAAAAACACUUGUGACUAUAUCACACUCUGAAAUUAUCAUAUGGGAUGUACAUAUCUGAUGUUCUUAAACAAUUUGUGUCGUAUGAGUUUGAGAUAUGCUGGUUUUUCAAGCACAAAUAUAUUAUGCAGUUCUCCAAGUGAUUUUUGAACCUACCAGUAAAUGCAUUGGUAAAUGAAUUAUGUUUGACUUAUAGGGCCAAAGAAAUUCAAAGUUUAAUUCUCAUGAGUGUAAAGGCAAAUUAUGCAUUCUCCAAAUGCAGAGGUCCAGGCAUCACCCAAUGUCUUGACUCCUGCAUUCUUGUUCCAAAGGAGUGGAUGGGAAGAGAUACAGAACUACGUAUACUGCUACUCAAAUGUCCACUAAAAUAUACCCAAAACAUGAACUCUCGUAAAAUAAUUAUUGAUAUUGAUAAUUUCUGCAAGUAGGAUAUGCUGUACUUUGUAUAUUAGUCUGAACUGGACUAAAUGUAUUAGUGAACAGGGAUAAGGGUCUGAUCUGAUAUAUACAAAUGACAGAGUAAUGAAUCAAACUGAAUGGGAAACACAUGUAUGUCUCUACCCCAUCCAGGUAUUAUUUUCACCAAACACUAAGACUUCAGAAUGAGGUCACACAAAAUGCAUGCAAGACAUCUGAAGUGUAUGCAAGAUCAUCAGACCCGUAGCCAGGAUUCCACGGGGGUUCACUUUUCCAAAAGUUCCAGGGGGGUUUACUUUGGAAAAUUUGGCCCAAAAUCACAUAAAAAAGGUCAGAAUGGUGAAAAACUGCA